UGCCGUGGAAUGGUUGAUAACCUGUUUGUGGGUGUUUUCAUUUUCGUAGUUCUUUUUUUCGAAGUUCGGCACGCUGUGUUUUUAAUCUCGGGCAGAUCUAAAGAGUUUUUUCUUGUGUUGCCGUACGCCUUUCACGGUGAGCAGCCAUGUCGUACAUGCUGCAGCACCUGCACAAUGGCUGGCAAGUAGACCAGGCCAUCCUGUCGGAGGAGGACCGGGUGGUGGUCAUCCGCUUUGGCCACGAUUGGGACCCCACCUGCAUGAAGAUGGACGAGGUGCUCUACUCCAUUGUCGAGAAGGUGAAAAACUUCGCAGCCCUCUACCUGGUGGACAUUUCUGAGGUACCGGACUUCAACAAGAUGUAUGAGUUAUACGACCCGUGCACCGUGAUGUUUUUUUUUCGCAACAAGCAUAUCAUGAUUGACUUGGGCACAGGCAACAACAACAAGAUCAACUGGGCCCUCGAGGACAAGCAGGAGAUGAUUGACAUUAUCGAGACUGUGUAUCGGGGAGCGCGCAAGGGUCGCGGUUUGGUCGUCUCGCCAAAGGACUACUCCACCAAAUACCGAUACUGAGUGUUUGUGAAAGCAUUGCAAGGUCCCGUUGUAACGUGAUCUCAUUGUCGUAGGAUUAAAAAACUUGCCUUGAUAAAAAGGAAAUGAUGCAAACUGAUCAAUCGCGCUCCCAUUAGGAAACUUUGAAGUGCCGUAAAACAAGGACCGGAAAAAAAGAGUGGAUAGGACCAGCACUAACUUUAAACUGAUACUUGAAACUGUUUUUCGAUGCUUCAAAGUUGUUCCUAAUGUCUUAUAAACUUGCCCAAGCUUUCCUGCUUCUACGCAAUCGUGUUAUCGGGCCUCAUUCGCCUUCACAGUUAGGCGUAGCUUCUUGGUGGGCAUCUCAACCAUGCCGCGAGAAAAUGAAUGUUUGCAGCUGCGGCGUUGACCGUUCUUCGCUAUUUGAGAAUGCCUACAAUCGCAUACAGCGUAAGUGUAGGAUAAAAAAUGCGUUGGAGCAUCAGGAGGUGCCCGCUACGUGUCUGUAAGCCAAUAGUGCACGUACGCAGCUGCUCACUUUGUCCAUAUUGUUGCUGAUGAUUAAUUGUGCCUGGGUGAGCCUUUUGAAUGGGUGAGCCUUUUGAACCAGCUACUCAUUGUGCAAUUCAUGUGUUGGGAUGCGUUGUGUUUGUCUGUCACUUAGUACUAUGUCACGUCGGAUCCUUUCAUUGGCAAAUGAUCUUUUCAGAUACUUAUCUUUCUUCACAUUUACAAUACAAUUGCUUCCAAUAACAUCCCCUAUACUUUCAGUGGCAUAGUUGUCUGUUCUCAGUAAUUCAGUGCCUAACAUAAAAGACGAGCCCUUACAUUUAUUCUUACUUUCAUUCAUGUGCUAACGCAAUUUCUGGUACCAUCUCUGUUCGGAAAAAAUGUUGCUACAGGCACAAUGCUAAAAAAAGGAAAAAGAAAAGAGACAGAGGAGCGCCAAACUACCAAAUGUUCAUUUCCGACAAAGGGCCUUAUAAAAAUGCUUGUAGAAUAGAGUUGAGUAUUUUUUAUAGGAUGUUUAAAUAAAGUGGUUAUUGACUCUUAAAUGUGAAGCACUUCUUAGAGGUCUGCAAGUAAUUUGAGCGUCUUUGUCUAUGUAUAUUAUAUCUGUCUAGCCACUUACACGCAUCUCAUGCUCUCCUUCUCACCUCGUUGUCGACUAAAUUUAGUAUGGUAGGGUAAAAGGGCUUGGUAAGUAUGUCUGGCAGAUCAUGACAUGAAAAUUCUCUUACGUACGCCAUCAUACCCUUUUCUUCAGACACGUGUGGCACAUACGUAUUCACCACAGGCCGUGGCUAUGGGCCACAGGUGAUUGGCAGCUUAUUUAGACCCACAAAUAGAGAGAAAAGGCAUUGAUGUGAGAACGUUAAGAAAAAUUGACAUCGGCAGUGUUUACCCAAUAAAUGAAAAAAAAAAUAUCAGACUUACAGCAAGAAUUGAAUCCAAGCCUUUUGCCUGGCAAUCAAGUAUUCUACCAAAGAGUCAUGCCACGUCUCAAAAUUGUUUUGGAAAAAUACCCUAUGCAGGCGAAACGUUGAUGAAAUGUCAAACGUGGUUGCAGUGUUGGUUCUCAUUUUUGUAGACGUUAUGUACUUCUAUGAUAGAAGCGUCACAUCAGGUCAACAUCAAUUCUGCCAGGAACAAGUUGUCCAUUUGAUGUGCCAAAGUAGAUAGACGAGUUGUAAAUCAGACAUAUGUCCAGUAAGAUACAUACAAUGUUAGUCAUAUUCAUAAUUAUGUACCCUGCAUCACCGGUAUUGUCUACUCCAUAUCAUUGUCAUGCAAACGUGUAUACAUGAGUCGGACAGGUCGCUGUCUAAAUAUUAGACUUCGAGAACAUUUUAAUUCUCUGAAAGGCCACUCCGGCCUUCAUCUGGCAGCCCACUAUAAGAAAUGCGGCUGCCUGCCGCUCUCUGGUGAUACUUCUGUAUUGUUUCGGCAUAAGAACCAAAAAGUGCAUGAACUUAUUGAGGCUGCGCAUAUUCACAAAAAUUUUGAGUCGUGCGUCAGUGUUCCAUACAUACAUACUCUGUGGCUAUACAUAAUAAAGAGUUAAGUUUUCUUCCUUUUAUGUGACGCACGUGCUAUUUCUUAUGUGGCCUAGGUUUUUGUUGAUUUGGUCUCUUGUGCCUUUUUUCUCCUUCCCCUUUGCCUCCCUUGCUUUUUAUCCUUUCCUUAUAUAUAUUGCCUUGUCUUGCAAUAAAGCUUCAGUUGAUAAUC